AGCAGAGCCUCGUCCUCUCUGACUCUUCUUCACAUUACUCCUACUCUCUGAGGGCCCUAAUUGAAGCUUCUCUCAUCCUGAGCAAUGGGAUUAGGAUGAAAAGGUGAAAGUUGGAUUCUGUUCUAACAUGCGUUAUUGCGCACCGUCAAUGGAGGCAUGUAAAGGAUGCACAGUUGACUAAGUGUGAAAUCAAAACCCCAUCAUCAUCAUCAGGAAAAGGACUUCAGCUGAGAGGAUGCAUGUAGUGUGGAUAUUUCUCCUGUUCAUUGAGGAGGGAUUGGCUCUGGCACAAAAGACUAAAGAUGCAGGUGCAGGAUCAAAAGUGGUUAGACCUUCUCAACGGCCGCAGCAAUCUAACCAGUGUGGAAACUGGGCACGAAACGAAGAAGGUGGCACCUUCAGCUCCCCAAACUACCCGAAAACAUACCCCGCCAACAAGGAGUGCCUGUACGUACUGGAAGCCCUGCCCCGCCAGAGAAUAGAGCUGCUGUUCGAUCAGACCUUCUACAUCGAAGCGUCGUUCGAGUGUCGUUUCGACCACAUCGAGGUGCGGGACGGCCCCUUCAGCUUCUCGCCGCUCAUCAAUCGCUUCUGUGGCUCAGCCAGUCCCGGACUCGUCCUCUCCAGCGGACGCUUCAUGUGGAUCCAAUUCUUCAGCGAUGAAGAGCUGGAGGGGACCGGCUUCCAGGUCCAGUACAGCUUUACUUCAGACCCUGAAUUCCAUCUGCAUGUGGGAGGACUCUUAAACCCCAUCCCAGAUUGUCAGUUUGAGCUGUCUGGAGCUGACGGCUUGAUCCGUUCCAGUCAGGUGGAGGAGGAUUAUAAAGUGAAGCCAGACCAGGCAGUGGACUGCAUCUGGACUAUACGAGCCCCAACAAACAACCGGAUUUACCUGCGAUUCUUGGAAUAUCAGAUGGAAAACUCAAAUGAAUGUAAGAAGAACUUUGUGGCUGUUUAUGACGGCAGUAAUGCCAUUGAGGACCUAAAGGCCAAGUUUUGUAGUACAGUAGCUAAUGACAUCAUGCUGGACACCGGUGUGGGAGUGGUGAGGAUGUGGGCUGAUGAGGCGAGCCGUCUCAGCCGCUUCCGGAUGCUGUUCACUUCUUUUGCAGACCCGCCCUGUUUAAGCAGCGCGUUCUUCUGCCACAGCAACAUGUGCAUCAACACUUCUCUGGUGUGCAACGGCAUACAAAACUGUGUCUUUCCCUGGGACGAAAGCAACUGCAAAGAGAAAAAGAGCAAAGGUGUUUUUCACCACAUCACAAAGACUCAUGGGACGGUAAUCUGUGUGUCUACGGGGGUGGUGCUGCUGCUCCUCAUCAUCUCCGUCCUUGUGCAAGUCAAACAGCCACGAAAGAAGGUGUUGGUACGUAAGAACAACCUGUUCCAGCGAGGCGACUUCCAGGAGGUGUUUGACCCUCCUCAUUAUGAGCUCUUUACUCUCAGAGACAAGGAGAUGUCUGGGGACCUUGGAGAGUUAUCAGAGGAGCUCCAGUCCCUGCAGGCGCUCAGGAGAUCCUCAUCAGGCUCACGCUGCGUUCACGAGCACCACUGUGGCUCUCAGGCGUCCGUCAACUCCAUCAAAGCCAGUCUAGGUGCACAUGAAAUGGGCAGGGGGUCCAUGGAGCUUCCCCCUUUCAGAGGGGACCUUCAAAGCGCCUUACCGCCUCUCAGGGACUUGAACAGCAGUAUGCGGAAGAAGAGCUGGCCUAGUAUGAAACCGGGCCGAAUGCAGGGCCAUCACGGUAUGGGGGAUAGAGCGAUGGGGCAGCAGGAUAGAGUGAUGGAAGAGGACGAAGAGGAGGAGGAGGAUGGAAGGUAUGAUGUGUAUGUACGCAGAGGGGGAAGCCGAAGAGGGAACUAUGAAAUGGCCCAGCAAAGAUCCUUGUCCAUGGAUUUCUGAAAAGAAAAGACAAGGUUGGCUAAAUGCUGCAGCGACAACUUUUCAACCAAUUUUUAUUGGGGGGCCGGCACAUUUACAGAAGAGGGGAGACAUUUAACACCACGGAGCGGAUGUGUCUCACUUUUCUUCUUUAUUAUAAUAACGAUUAUAAAGAAGCGCUCCUUGACUUCUCUUUGGCCUCCUUCACAGUGAGGUUGGGAAACACAGAGUCUGUUACAGAUACCGCCAACUCUGCUCUGACUCAGAAACAGCACACAGGAAGCUGCUAUCGUGUUUGUGAUCAGUGUAAAAGUGAAGACAGAUGCUGUUUAUUGUUGUUGUUAUCAGUGUAUUUUGUUGAACACAUUUUACUGUAAAGCAAAUAGAUUUUUUGUUGAAAUAUGUUUUAAAUCCGUAUUUAGGUUCUGGAAGAAUGAGAGCAGCGUGAUUACAUUUUAAACAAACAAUGUAAAAAUCACCUCUCAGUUUUCGUUUAAUCUGUUAUUAACCUGUAUUAAAGAAUAAAUAGGCACAUUUCUGCAUAUCAGUUUAGGAAAUCUAUCAUCUUGCGUUUGAUAUAGAGUCAGUUUUAACACCAGAUAUAACAUUAACUGGGGUUUUUACCCAGGAGGAGGGUGCGUGUGUUGAUUGUGAAUCUUCUUAAAGGUGUGUCACACAGGUAUGCUGGUUGGAACUUCCUUUAUAAAAGUAGUUGUCAAAGUAUGACGUUUAUAGUCUGGUUAUAUAACCACCAAAAGCAUCAAACUGUACUAUUGGCACAGUCUAACCUUGUAUGUUUCAUUUUCAUUUUGAGCUGUAGACACUGAAUAUAACUAUAUAAUAUAACUGAUGGUUAACUCGUCUAAUUUAGAGAGAAAAAACAUGUGAGUGCCAGUAAUGACCUUGUAAAAGUGUUGAACUGAUUAAGAUCAGGUUUCUGUUAGUUUUUUUUCCCCUCAUCAUAAAAUAGGACCACAAAUUAACAUGUGCGCAAUGUAGGCUAAAUAUAAGGUUAAGUUAGACUGCAGUUUUUUCAAUUUAAAUGAUAUUUUUUAGCGCAGAACAAGGCGUCCCAACUGACCCGGGGAGGCAGAGUUUUGGGAAAAUGCACUCCUUGUACAUUUAACAAAAUUGUGCCUUUCACGUUUGGGUUGGGCUCUUAAAAAACCUGAUAAAUUGUUAGCAGAAACCU